CCCUAAUGCUGGUACCCAUGGAGUGUAUGAUGCGUAACUGGCUGGAGGCGUGGCGAUCCCUCAACAAGGAUUGCGUCCAGGUAACCAAAACGGCGUCCAGAUUGAAGAAGUUGAUCAUUUUAGCUGUCCAGCAAAUAAAUUGCUACGAACUGAUAUUGCUGGAGCGUAAGAUUUUGAACAAUAAAUUUAUCAAAUGUAUCUCGGAUGCUGGCGAGAUAUCCAACAAGCGUCUGACUAGGAGCUGCAAACUGAGGAGCGAGCAUCAGGCAAUACUCGGCCAACUGGUUGGCCUUAAGCUACAGUUGUCCGAGCGGAAUAAUACUCUGGUCAAGUUCAAGUUGGAGUUGCAUUUCUUGCGUCAACGGCUGCGACAGCAGACAUUAAAAACGAAUCAGAUGUCGGCACGAUUGAAACAUGACAAAUUACUAGCCGAAAAGCUUUUGCAACGGAACAGCAAAUUGAACUCGCGGUCCCUGGAAAUGUUGGAGGUCUACAGAAUGCGGGCUCUUAUGUUUGUUUUUAAACUAAUUGGAAUGGCUCAGGAGCUGAUUGUUGCCAAAACCAAGUCAAAGGCCUAUGAGGAUGCCAGUGAGGACCUGAAAUGUAAAAACAGACAGUUGCAAUUGCGUCAGAGAAUACUUAUGAAGAAGUUUACAAAGCGUAUGUCUCCAGAUAAAAGUCAUAUAGAUACGGUAAAUGGAGCCCGUAAUAUUUUCGAAACGGGUCUUCAUUAUUUGAACUUUCUGUGGAAUUGCAUGUCGAGCCUGGCUCAGUGUCCUAAAAUGCAGGGACCUGGUAGACGCUGUGAGUGGGCUCUUGUCUAAAUAUAAGCGACGUGCGUUCAAUAAAAAUUUGUUUACUAAAAAUUAUAUUUGUAAGACUU